AUGGCGUCCGGACGCAAGGAUUUUCUCAGCCAGCAGGCGCCGGAGAACUAUGUCGCCGGUCUGGGCCGUGGUGCGACGGGCUUCACCACGCGCUCUGACUUGGGACCCGCGCGCGAAGGUCCGACUCCCGAACAGAUCCAGGCCGCGCUGACGAAACGAGCGCAGCUCCUGGGAGCUGCCGCACCGACGGCCUACGGCAGCACUUCUCGCGAGAAGGGAGGUAAAGAAGAGAAGGAAGACGAGGAGGAUGAGCGCUUCCAGGAUCCCGACAACGAGGUCGGUCUGUUUGCCUACGGACAGUUCGACCAGGAAGACGAUGAGGCGGAUCGCAUUUACCAGGAGGUGGAUGAGAAGAUGGACAGGCGGCGAAAAGCUCGAAGGUUAGUCCUUUCCCCGGCCCUGUUGUCUCAUAAAACAACUUGUUCAUCGGGCCAGUCCCCGGUUGCUUGGAUAGAAUACCGACUUGGAACAUUUGCCACCUACAGGGAAGCUCGAGAGCAACAAGAACGCGAAGACUAUGAACGAAAAAACCCGAAGAUUCAGCAACAAUUUGCCGACCUCAAGCGAUCACUCGCGGCGGUCUCCGAGGAGGACUGGGCCAAUCUCCCUGAGGUUGGAGACCUGACAGGCAAGAACCGACGAGCGAAGCAGAACUUGCGCCAGCGAUUCUACGCAGUUCCUGAUAGCGUCAUUGCGGGUGCGAGAGAUUCGGCUCAAUUUGACACCACCAUCGCCGACGAUGGCGGCCCGUCCGGUGGAGGAGAGGGAGGUGAUAGCGGCGACGGGACGAUGACGAACUUCGCGGAUAUCGGUGCGGCUCGUGACAAGGUCCUGAAAGUCCGACUGGACCAAGCAGCGCUGGGGUCAUCUGCUGAAAACAACUCCUCGGGAAGUGCAACCAGUAUCGACCCCAAGGGAUAUCUCACCAGUUUGACUCAGUCGGAAAUGAAGGCUGGUGAGGUCGAGGUUGGUGAUAUCAAGCGAGUGCGGGUUCUCCUGGAGUCUGUCACGAAGACCAAUCCCAAACAUGCCCCUGGAUGGAUUGCACUUGCGCGGCUGGAGGAGCUUGCGGGCCGUAUUGUAGCGGCUCGAAACACCAUCGCCAAAGGGUGCGAGCUCUGCCCCAAGAGCGAGGACGCAUGGUUGGAAAAUAUUCGUAUGAACGAAGGCCAUAAUGCAAAGGUCAUCGCGGCGAACGCUAUCAAGAACAACGACCACUCGACCAGACUUUGGAUCGAGGCCAUGAAAUUGGAGACCGAUUCCCGGGCGAAGAAGAACGUCCUCAGACAGGCUAUCUUGCACAUUCCCCAAUCCGUGCAGAUCUGGAAAGAGGCUGUCAAUCUGGAAGAUGAUCCCGCGGAUGCGCGUCUUCUUUUGGCCAAGGCCGUUGAAAUGAUUCCCCUCUCCGUGGAGCUGUGGCUGGCCCUUGCGCGUCUGGAGACUCCAGAGAACGCUCAGAAGGUUCUGAAUGCAGCGCGCAAGGCUGUCCCCACCAGCCACGAGAUCUGGAUUGCUGCUGCUCGUCUUCAAGAACAGAUGGGAACCUUUGAACGGAUCAAUGUCAUGAAGCGUGCCAUUCAGUCCCUGGCUAAGGAGAACGCCAUGUUGAAGCGAGAGGAAUGGAUCUCCGAAGCAGAGCGCUGCGAGGAAGAAGGUGCCGUUCUCACCUGCGGUGCUAUCAUCCGCGAGACUCUCGGAUGGGGUUUGGACGAGGAUGAUGACCGCAAAGAUAUUUGGAUGGACGACGCCAAGUCCAGCAUUGCCCGUGGCAAGUACGAAACCGCGCGAGCUAUUUACGCGUAUGCCCUACGGGUAUUCGUCAACAGACGGUCCAUCUGGCUCGCAGCUGCAGACCUCGAGCGCAACCACGGCGACAAGGAAGCUCUGUGGCAGGUCCUGGAGAAAGCCGUCGAAGCAUGCCCUCAAAGCGAGGAACUCUGGCUGCAGCUUGCCAAGGAGAAAUGGCAGUCUGGUGAAAUCGACGACGCGCGACGAGUGCUCGGCCGUGCCUUCAACCAGAACCCUAACAACGAGGACAUCUGGCUUGCCGCCGUUAAGCUCGAGGCAGACGCGCAGCAAACAGACCAGGCACGCGAGCUCCUUGCCACGGCACGUCGAGAAGCUGGUACGGACCGUGUGUGGAUCAAGAGCGUUGCUUUUGAGCGGCAAUUAGGUAACACGGAUGAAGCGUUAGAUCUCGUCAACCAGGGUCUGCAGCAGUACCCCAAGGCCGACAAGCUCUGGAUGAUGAAGGGCCAAAUAUACGAGGCGCAGAAGAAGCUCCCGCAAGCGCGCGAGGCAUACGGCACAGGCACGCGUGCCUGCCCCAAGUCCGUACCGCUAUGGCUGCUAGCCGCGCGACUGGAAGUACAGGCCGGCGCCGUGGUCCGGGCCCGAUCCGUCCUCGACCGCGCCCGCCUUGCCCUGCCAAAGAGCCCCGAGCUCUGGACGGAAAGCGUGCGUGUCGAGCGGCGCGCGAAUAACCUCACCCAGGCCCAGAUGCUGAUGGCGCAGGCGCUGCAGGAGGUGCCGGCGUCGGGCUUGCUCUGGAGCGAGAGAAUCUGGAACCUGGAGCCGCGGGCGUCGCGCAAGGCGCGCAGUCUGAGCGCGAUCAAGAUGAUAGAAAACGACCCGAUCCUGUUCAUCACGGUGGCGCGGAUAUUCUGGGGCGAGCGGCGGUUGGAAAAGGCGAUGACGUGGUUCGAGAAGGCGAUUGUGUCGGACAACGACUACGGCGACGGGUGGGCAUGGUACUACAAGUUCCUGCUGCAGCACGGCACAGAGGUGAGCCCGGAUUUUUCGAGGCGCGAUGGCGCGCACUUCUUGAAUACGGAGGGGUGUGCUAACAUGUUCACGGGUCUACAGGACAAACGCUCUGAUGUGAUAUCCAAGUGUGUCUCGACAGAGCCGAAGCACGGCGAGGUGUGGCAGAGGAUCGCGAAGGACCCGCGCAACGCGCACAAGUCAACGGAGGAGAUAUUGAAGCUUGUUGCCGAGACGGUCAGUUAA